CGGGACAAAUCCAAAAGACGGCAGAAGAAGCAGAAUGCGAAAGCUGGCAUCAAACUAAUAACGAACUUCUCCAAGUACCCGGGUACCACAGUAGUGCCCCAACCUGUACAAUUUCCACCGUCGAAACCCAUGCCGCAAAUGGGAUGUUUCGUCGAUCUGGCUGCCCUUCAGGCCCUAGAUGGCAAGUCGACGCAAUCAUCAGGGGGGUUUUGGAAGUCAAGGAAAGCUAAGGAAUCGGCGCCGGCUGCCAACCCCAAGGCUUUCACUCCAACAUCGGCUCCAGGAGCUGUGGAUGAAACAGCACUUUCGGCAAGAAUAAAACCCAAGGGCCUUGUACCUUCUCCACUAAACUUGGGUGACGAUCUGUCACCAAGUGACCGCCCCAUAGUCAUAGGUAUAUCUAUUCCAUCAGCUAGACUAGCGGAGCAUACUUUGAGCCCCCAAACAGCAUCAUCGGAUACUUCCAAGAUUCUUCAAAGUUAUGUACAGCGCACCCCCCCAGGUCACAGCCCAGAAACUCCCACCAUCAUUAUCACAUCCGCUCCAGAAGGUCCUAUCUGGUCCCCACUAGAUGAUAAUAGCCGGUCUCUUAAGGAAUACCCGAGGCCUGCGUCGAGUAUAUAUUCCCAGUCGUCACACAAUGCCAUUGGCAUAUCCACUCCAAAAGGUGCGCCACCCGUACCCCAGAUGCCAGUCUCUGUUCUCGAAAGCGAGAGGCAAAGAAUGGCUGCCCAGAGAAGCUACUUCUCACCCGACUCAGACGAUGUUACAACUUGGGGAGAUGAAGAUACAGAAUAUAAUGGUCCCUCAAAAUCUCGCAUAGUUUCGACAUGCACUGUAUUCGAAGAGGACGAAAGUCCCGUGCUCGAGAGAACAGGGCGUGCUCGCUCGAUAUCAGCCGCCUCUAAAGACAACAAGCAUGCGAGUAUCAGUACAGUUGCAACGCGUCACCGUUCAAAAGGUUGGUGGACCUACAUAGGUACCCCAUUCAUGACACGGUCAAAUACAGUAGCAACACGUGGGGUCUUCGAGGAUCGGCAACCAUCCGCUCUCCCCAGUUUAGCUACUGCAUUUACAAAAGCAACAGAAACAGGAGGGGAACAGAAAUCAUGGGAGAAGCAAGUCUCGCCCCUGACUCCCGCAACAUCUACUACCAUCAACUCAGAGCCAUGGUGGGAUGCAUCAGCAAAGGAGGAUCAGUCAAAACAUCCCAGGCCAGCGGAGCUGGCCCCAGUUCUCUGUGGCACGAGACACGAGGCUCAACCUUCUAAUGGGACUAGACCAUUUGUUCUUUCAGAUACUACCGGGCUCGAACGCACCACAACGUCGAUGCCGGAAGCAGAGGAUAUCGAACAUCAGCUAGACCAUAGCAUGUCUGGAACUGCGCCGGCUAUCGACACUUCUGGAUUUCGAGGAGAUGACCGGGAAGUGCCUGGUUUGUCCAAUAGAUCUAAUACCUCAGCAUACCAGAGCAACAAUCCGUUUGUGCAACCCCGUUUGGGCGAGCUCAGUGAUGAGCCCGUGAAUGCUCAGUCUGCUACCCGGCAGGAGGUCCAACCUGCCCGGGAAGCCCACGCCCCUCUUGAACGGUCACCACCGCCACCUCCGUAUUCACCGUCUCCGGCACGUCCUCGAUGCCGGGCCAUUCUUCCUCCUCAGGAUAUUCAGAGCCGAGAAAAUAAUCAAACCCUUCAAUACCCUGCCUCUCCUGGACCUGUGUCUCCCGGACUACAGCAGGCGAUGUCGUCCGGGGGCGGCAUCCCGAUGUCCAACGUGCCUGUACCUCCUGCAGCUCGAAGGCCAAUCAAUCUGAAUUCAGGAUAUCCUGGAUUACCGUCAAAGAGCUUUACCCCUGAGGUCUUGCAGCAGCCUUCGAAAAAGGCUCAGAAGGCAGAAGCGAAGCGCCAGCGCUAUGAGAAGGAAGACACGAUAGCGCGCAAAGCUGGGGGUUUGUGGCGAGGUCGCGGCUGUAUCUCCAACAGGGGAUGUUAUGGCCGAAGCGGUGCAGAAGGUCGCAGGAAACGACGCAUAUACUGUGGUCUUAUUGCCGGGUUCCUCUCGAUGAUGAUAGUGGUGGUUGUUCUCGCUACAACUCUCCAUCGAAAGUCGAACACCGUUAUUGGACCAUCCCAGUGGCUUAACCUUACUGGAUUUCCGCCAAUAUACACCGGUCUUUCGACAGUAGCAGCCCCUAUCAAUACACAGGCCAAUACUGGCUGUGUAUUCCCGGCAACCCAAUGGAGCUGUGAUUUGCCCAAGGAACAACAAGCAUCUGUCGCGCCAAACCAACCAAACCAGCCAAACUUCCUUCUACAGAUACAGUGGGAUAAUAGCAGCUCAGCGAAUGCUACUUUUGCGAACGUCACGGGAAAUCCAAAUUUAGUGACUCGAAGCUUUGUGGGAAACCCUGUAACUGCAGGGCAGUUCAUUAGAGACUUGCUUCUCAGGGCUCGACAGAUAGUUACAUUUGUCCCCAAUCCAGCCCCACCAUCUUUUGCGGAGGAAGCUUUUUUGGGUGCAACAACAGAUGGUAUUGUCUCCGCCAAUAAGGCUGGAGAGCCUACACCCUUCUACAUAUCAUUCCUGCCCACAACGACUUCCGUGGGAAAGCGAGAUCUUGGAUCGCGCCAGAAUAUCGACAACUCCACCAGUCCUUUCCCAAACAUCACGGCAUUUAUACCGGCUCCCAGUUUGAACCCUGAUGGAACCGCUGCACCUGCAAAUCUUCUACCAUUGCCUUCUCAACAGCCGAUCAGACUGUACGAUCGGGGGCUUCCAUCAGAGCAUUAUGGUUUCUAUACAUAUUUUGACCGCUCUAUCUUCUUGAAAUCUAUUACUGCGCUCAACGAGACAAACUCUGGUAAUGGGGAAGUUCCAGAUGACGAGAAUGGUGGGGCCACCGAAUCCGAGGCAGCGUUUAGAUGUACUUGGUCUCAGACUCGAUUUCUGGUUCAGAUGUGGACUCGAGCGAAUGCAACAACCCGUCUCCUUAAUGGGACCUCCAGCACAUCUUCGCCCGGUAAAGACUUCAGGCAACCUGGAUCGUUUCCAUAUCCGAUUACGAUUACAAUUGAUCGUCACGGAGGCGAUCCA